AGUUGUAUAACAUGCGCACAAAUUCGGGCUCAUGGUCCGUAAAUGCGCAAAAUCGAAAAAAGAAGGUGGAACCAAAUCCAGUGCGGCAAUCUUAGCCAUUACAGGCUAAGCAUCCCACGUUGUACUGGGAAAAAAACAAAAAAACAACCAGCGCGGCUUUCCCGACUUGAGCCACCAACAUCUGCUUGCAGCCCUUAACAGGGAGGAGAGGAAAAAGAGACGGCAUUUCUCCGGGAGGAGAGGAGGGCAACCUCUUUCUCUUUAUACUGACAGACAAAGACGACGUGCAGCGUUGGUAAAUUGGAUCGGUUUAAGCGUCUGUUAAUGAGAUAGACAUGCGGAUCGACCACCAACCUCGGAGGAUCUCAGUCUGCUCGGCUCCAGAGCAGCGCGGAGACCAGAUCUGAUGACCAGGAUAGACAACUUUGGAUUCUAGAUGCCCACAGAAAUUUUACAUCAGAUGCAGAUCAGAUGUAACUUGCAUCAUCUUGGAUAGUGCUUGCAUGUCCAACAAAAGGAUUGGGUACGAAGAGGUCGGAUUUCCAGUCCAUCCACAGAAUGGCCCAUGGAUGGGAUUCCUACUUCCAUGAUGUCCAACCUCUGUCAUCGGAUCCUGGUACUCUGAGGAGGACAUCAGAGACGGAAGGAACCUUUCCUCAGCAUCUUGAGAACUUCUUAGGACACCAUGAUUUCUCAGGAACAGGAGUUUCACAAGAAACCCCGGUACCAAACUCAAACUCGAGCACUAACUACUGCACAAAUAGAGGUAUUGAAAAUUCAAACUCGGACUGUGGUUAUGAAACAUACUGCAAUGACGCUGAAUGGCAAGCUGAUGGAGAACAUUUGGGAAAAGAUUAUUUGCAAAGAUGCGAAAAUAGGGAUUUCCCAGAUUUUGCCACUGAUGGGUUACCAGCAUCAGGAUCUUUUCCUUCAACUUUUGCACCAGAUUUACAAGGACUUAAACAAGACUGUGAAAUGCUAUCUAUGUCGUGUCUUGGGAACUACUCGGAUGUGAGCAGUUGUUCAGAUACAGAUGAGAGUGAAACAAGGCCUUCAUGUAAAUUCAUGGGAGUUAACUCAUUUUCAAGACAAAACAGCAGCAUUCUUUCAAAAGAUGGCUCACCAGAAUCCUAUUCCACAGAAACUGGAAAUAUGACUUUGCAGACUGAUGGCGUGUGUCCUAAGAUGUCAGAGACAAAUGUCAUUUUGCCAUCACAUAUGAAAGCGGAAGAAAAUCUUGAAUGUGUGCAAAACAAUAUGGAUGAUUUCAAAGAAUCAGUUGCAUCUUGCAGAGGACACACUCAGCCUUCUACCACCUCUUCAGUGUUGACAGAAAGUGAGAAUGUACAUGCAAGGGAUGGUUGUGAUAGUUUUCAAAAUCAAAAACCACAGGGUGUGAAGGGGGACUUCAAAGGAUCGUCAUCACCAGGCAUCUCAGUGGCUGAAAAUGUAACUAAAGAUGAAAUCAAUCACUACCCAGUCGACAAGGGUGAGGAGGACCAAAGCACAUUAGCUGCCCAAGACACAUUUGACAAUGAGCAAGAUCAUGCUGAAGAAAAAAUCCUAAAGGUGGUGAAGAUCCAAAGUAAGGGAUUUAGAAAUUCAAACUCAGUUGAUGAUUAUAUGAGAAAUGUCAGUGAAGAGAUGCAUGGCAAAAGCGUGGUACUAAAAAGGCUAAAAGAAGAACCAGAUUCAUUGAGAAAUAAGAAUUCUGAUGAACUUCAGUUCCCAGUUUCCUAUUCCAAUACGUGUGAAGAUAAACGCGUAGUAACUGACUGUCAGAAGAAAAGAGUCCAGAAAAAAAACUCUCCAUCUUCCAGUCCAUCAGCGAUCCAAGUUUCAAAAUCUAAGGACACUCCGCAUGAACUCGAUGAAUGCACUUUGGGCAGCAACAAUCAUGACAUUGAGUCUGGUUUGAAGUUACCUGAACACCAGUCUGAAAGGGUAGAUCAGAACAAUUGCGGUGAAAACCUUUCAAAGAUGAGCGAUGAAAAAUCCUGCUUGGAGCCAAAUAAAUCAAGCACAGACGUACCUUUGUAUAGAGACAUAAAGGAAGUUAAAACAUUUACAAAGAAAGCAGAGAGGGUAAAAACAGCUUCAGAAACAAGUGUAGCAGAGUUGUCAAAACCUACAGAAUUGGAUUGUAGUGGUCUCAGUGUGUGUAAAGAUACUGGUAAUGUAAAUGAUGUGGACCCUAACAUAUAUUCAGAUUGCUCAAGCCCAGACAUCCAUCUGAAUCUAGAAGUACCAAUAAGCCCAAUAGAGAACAAAACCCCAAGUCGCUCUCCAGAUCCAGAUUGCAGUUCCUCUGUCGAUUGUCAUUCUACUAUUUAUGAGGAGGACAAGAAAAGUGCUACAAGUCACACAGAUUCCUGCCUCCAGUCAAAUAGCUCAAGGACAGGCACACAGCCCUCUCUAGAAAUGGAAACAUCUUCACAAGAAGAGAAAACUCAAAACACUUCACCAGAUCAAGAUUGUGGCAAUCCCAAGGUCACUUGUGACUCUCCUUCAGUACAUUUUAAUCAUCUUGCUAGUCCUGCAGAAUCAUGUUCACAGACGGGUGGCUCUAACACAGACAUGCAUCCCUGUAAAGAAAUGGAAACAAGUCAAAAAGUGGCAGAAUGCCAAACCCAUUCCCAAGAUCCAGCAUGUAGUGGUGACAGUGUCACACAUGACAGUCUCUCUGAUAAUGCAGCUGACAAGAAAAAAGAAAGUUUAAUCCCUAAAACAGAAUUCCAAUCACAGUCUCACAACUCUUACACAAACAUCAGUCCCCGUCUUUCACAAGAGUCGGCAAGCCCAUCUACAAGUAAAAGUACAGCUUGGACAAAUCCAGAAGGCGACAGUAAACCAGCUGUGACCAGUUGUGUUCCCAAUCAUUUAAAAUCCAGUUCGCAUCAAAUUGGCUCAAGCACUGGCAUGACUUCACAUUCAGAUGCAGAAUGGACCAAUGCAGGACAAAAUACAAACUCAGUCUCCUUUCCAGAUGAGAACCAGUCACUACAUGAUGUUCCUAUGUCACAAGAACCGCAAAGUCCCACUGGAGAUGAUUUCGAAAACACAGGAGACUCAUUUGAACAUUUGCAUUCCUCCACAGAGGAUCAGUCAUUGUCUGGCAUACUGUUUGGUGAACCUUUGUCAGAGGACUCUUCAUGCGAUGCUGAUGAAGCAAAUCUUGUCUCAAGUCAGUACAAAGAAACUUUGAUUCACCCAAACAAGGAUGACAUGAGCCAUUUAGAGGACUACGUACCUCGGCUACAAUCCUCCCUAGGAAUGAGAAAAUUGCUGCAUCCUGUAGUGAUUUUGAAUAGCAUGGAGUCAACUAAUGGAACAAGCCAUUUGUACCAAUGUAAAGAUUGCCAAAACACAGCCCACAAUGCAGACCUUUUAAUUGAGCAUCACUACUAUUCCCAUCCAAUGCUCAAUUUUAAAUUUUGCAAGACUUGUAAUGUAUAUUUAUUGAGGAAUGGUCAAAACAAAAGGCAUUUCUGUGGUGCUUCCAAAGAUGAGCUCCCGCACAAGAAACGAAGAUUCUUUGGUCGCCACAAAUGUGCUAAGUGUGGACUUGUAUUUUCAAAAAUACUUCACUACAUUAAGCAUAUGCGGGGUCACACUGGGCAAACACCAUUUAGAUGUAAUGGAUGUGGGUUGUAUUUUGCACAGCCUGGUACCCUUCAGAGGCACCAAAGGAUAGCUGGUAGAUGCAAAUCAUCCCAACUGCCAGUUACAAACUCUGCCACUGCUACUAGUAAAACUGAAGUACAGCCACAGAAAGAUGUGGCCCAAAACAUUCCAGAUGAAAACAUGAGGACUUGCUAUGUAAAGCUCCUAGACAUCUCAAACAAAAAUCUGUGUCAUUUCUGUGGUAAAAUGUUCAAGACUGUGCAGAAGGCUAAAAAGCACAUGUAUGCUGUGCACAAGAAAAAGAGGGCAGCUCUCCUAUCAAAUCAAUGUGCCAAUGGUAAUAGUGGGAGUAUCCCUAAUGUUGAGAAUAACACAAGCGGAAGAUUUAAAUGUCCUCUUUGUCCACGAGUUUUCAAGCACUUCUACAACAGGUCUCGUCAUUUGCGGGAUUGUGCCAGAAACGCAAUUUAUGGUGGCAAGCUAAAAGUUGGCGACAAAUAUCUGUGUCCCCUGUGCAAUGCUGGCUUCACAGCCACGUCCAAUCGAUAUAGACAUGUUAAAGGUGUAUGCCUGCGAGAGUGUCUUAAACAUCUUGCAAAGGAGAAAGCUAAGUCCUACCCUGAGGCUGAUCAGGAAAACACUGAAGAAAAUGAUCAGAAUCCACAGUCGCAAGAAACUGUAAAGACUCUAAGGAAGAAAAGUCCCAAUCCAGCUUUAUCAGCUCCCAAGCCUGCGCCGUGUUACAAAUGCAGUCUAUGCCCAGCAUUCUUUCGUCAUCCUUCUGGAAAGUAUAGACAUAUGAAGAAACAUGAGCUUUUUAAACUCACUGGGAAAAUGUUCAGAUAUAAGAAUUCAGUUUCGUCCGUCAUGCCAAAACCUGAAACUUCAAGUUGCACAAAGACUGGAGAGAGCGCAGAUCAGUUGAAACCACCUCAAGAAAGCCCAAGUCCUUCUCUGAGCUGUCGCUUUUGUGGCAAAAGUUUUGACGUUUAUAAGAUGCUGAAAAAACAUGAACGUAAUCACCGUGGUGAAAGACCAUACCGCUGUUUGGACUGUAAAAAGGGUUUCAAGCAACAUGCACAUCUGAUUUCUCAUAAAAUGGUUCACCAGAAGAGGAUACAGUGCACAGUCUGCAAAAAGGUUUUGCCCACUGUUGGAGAGCUGAUCCAACACAGGAGAUCACACCUAAAUAGGGGAAAGCUUCAGUGCCCUGAGUGUCAAGUGCUGUUCCAGUAUCCAGCAUUUCUACUUCGACAUCUAAAAACCCACAGAAAUAAAGAAAAGAAGCUAAGAAAAGCUGAAAAGGAAAGGCCAUUAAAGCUGGGGCAGUCCUCCGAAAAACCACUGCAGUCUUUGGAGAAGCCACUGCAGUCUUUGGAGAAGCCACUGCAGUCUUUGGAGAAGCCACUGCAGUCUUUGGAGAAGCCACUUCAGUCCACGGAGAACCCACUUCAGUCUUCAGAGAAGCCACUUCUGUCCUCAGAGAAGUCACUCCUGCAGUCCCCGCCAAAAUCCCUGCAGUUGUCUUCGGAAAAGUCCCUGCAGCUGUCCUUGCAAAAGCUGCCGCUGCGGUCUUCGGGAACCACAAAAAACGAAACUGGAUCUGCUAUGGUGCAAUGUUCCUUAUGCAAAGAAGUAUUUGAUGAUGCCCAAAUACUAAGAAAACACUGUCUUACACACAUAUCAGCGUCUGCUUCAAAUCAAUGUCCAUUUUGCAAUAUAAAGCUUGCUGAUCGCCGCUGUGUACUGCGCCAUAUGGUCAGGCAUACGGGAGACAAACCCUUUUCUUGCGACAACUGUGGAAAACAGUUUUACCGAUCCAUUUACCUCAAACUUCACCAUCAGAAGUGCUUGCCUCAUCUAAUCACCUGUGGUGUUAAAACCAAGGAUAAAAUGAGAGCAUAUUGCUGUUCUGUUUGUCCACGAGCGUUUUUUAAAAAAGACCGCUGGCAAAGGCACCUAGAAGCCCACAAGAAGAAAUCUCUUAUAAUUUGUCCAAAAUGUGGGCAGUACUUUGGAGUUAAUAUGGUAGGUAAACAUAAAUCCCUCUGUGGGGUGACUCCCGAACUUCCCAAGAACGACACAUUGACUACUAGCAUUCCCAAGGAAAGAUCUUUAAAGACAAACAAAAAUGAACAUGAAAUACCUCCACAGUCUAAUAAAACUAAGAAGAGCCAAUUUAAAUGCCCUUACUGUACACAUUGGUUUAGAUUCAGAUCAUUAUUUUUGAGACACUUAAUUUCACACACUGGUGUCCAACCCUAUGCGUGUGUGCACUGUGGCCAAAGAUAUGGAAGUCAGACAAUGUGUUUGCAGCAUGAAGUUUUCUGUGAGGGCGGUACCAAAGUGGAAGAGCCAGAAGACAAAAGUGAUGGUGCAUCACAAAUGGACUUUCUCAGAGAGACGACAGAGAUACCCCAGACAGAGGAUGAAAAUGAGUUCAAGUGCAAGUUCUGCACCAAGAGUUUCAUGAAAGCGCGAAGCCUGAGAAGUCACAUUUUGACACACAAUGAAGCAAAGCCAUAUCGCUGUAAAGCUUGUGACAGCUGCUUUUCACGGUAUGAUCAUCUAAAAGUACACCAGGCCCGCUGUAAAGGUAAAAGGACACGACUAGAGAUCAGGAUCCCUAAAAUAAGUUUAGAUGAUGUUGGAAAAGGUUGGCAAAGUAGAACUGACAUCAAACCACCUGAAAAGCAGGAGACAUUUGAAUGUGAAGUGUGCUUGAGAAGCUUCCCAAGUCAGGCAAAACUUUCCAGACACUUCACUAUGUUCCAUGCUGUAAAGCCAUUCAAAUGUGCACGUUGUGAUUCUUCUUUCUCUCAUGAAAAAACGCUGAAAAAGCACAGGAAGGAUAGGAAAUGCAGAAGACAGAAAACAAAUGAUCCCUUUUCAGGAGAAACUAAUGAACCAAAAGAAGGUGCACCAAGCUCACUUGAUGGGAUCAGAAAUCGAAUCAUCUUGAGAAUCCAACCUUUUUUAAACAAAAAACUAAAGUAUGUAUGCAGUUAUUGCCCCCGUGCUUUUAAGAACAGCUGGCAGUUACAUGUGCACACCCGCCUACACACAGGCGAGAAGCCCUAUUCCUGUGAGUAUUGUGGACAGAGAUUUAUGAGGAAGGAUUAUGUGCCUCGUCAUCAUUUAAAAUGCUCCAAGAAACCUCAGCCCAGUAAGGUUCUCUGCGACCGAUGUGGAGGAUUUUUCCCCGAAGACAAACUUGAAAAUCAUAAAAAAAUCUGUGCUUUAAGACCAAGCUCACCAACAGCUCCUCAAAGCCAGAAGUCAAGUCAUCAAAGCCCACCAAAAGGCUUUUCUUGUGCAUACUGCAGUUCACGAUUUUUGCUGUUUUCACAGCUGCAGGAACAUUUUUUGAGUGCACAUAAGGUGGAAACAGCCAAUUCACCAGCAUCAACUGCUCCUUUACAACAACUUCUGUCCAACAUACCAAACAUCAAAGAAGAGCCUGUGGAGAAGAGUUGUGGAGAAGGGCUUAGUGAGAGUGGAAAUUUGAUCUGUAAACUAGAUGCAACUCUGAACAAUGAAACUCCCAAGGAAUUUGUCUGCCAAGAGUGUAAUUUGUCCUUUUCCAAUAAAGCUGGAUUAACUGGUCACCUGCGUGUACACUCAACAGAGCUUCCAUUUAACUGUAGUAUAUGCAAAAGGGGCUUCUGGAAUAAAUUUCUACUCCGAAAUCACUACAGGAAAUGCAGACCUAAUACCAUGCAGCAGCUGAAUGUUCCUUUGAAAGCAAAGAUUGACUUUUCCUUUAACAACAGAUCAGAGUCUUUCAGUGCAGACUCAAAAGCAACAACUCUAGAUGGAGAUUUAGAGACCAAUAUCUCAUGCAAAGAUGCCUCAGAGGACGAGUCGCCACAAACCUCUGAAGAAAAUCAAGAACAAAGCAGCCCAAGAAAAGAAAAGAAAACCGUUCAGUACCAAUGUUCAGAAUGUGAUAAAAGCUUCACUGAUGGCUUGAUGCUUAUUAGCCAUCUUGAGGACCAUGGCAGAGAGGAAGAAGCAAAAAAGCAGAAUAAGUGUACCAAGUGUGGCCGGAUGUUCUCUAGUCAAGGAAGUUUAGAAAAGCAUAUGAAGUUGCAUGGAACGAACAAGAAUUACCGCUGCAACCAGUGCUCCAAGAGCUUUUUCACCCUAUCUGAGGUUGAAAAGCACAAAACAAGUCAUGAUGUAACUAAACCGUUUUCUUGCAAGCUGUGUCAGCAACGGUUUUGGACUAGGCCAAUUUUAUGCGAACAUUAUGCAGAGGAUCAUAAAAAUGAAAUAUUUAAGUGCAAGUUCUGCAGCAAAGUCUAUGCAGUCAAAAAAUCACUAUCCAGACAUUAUAAAAAAUGGCAUCCAAAAGAGUGGAAGGAACGUUGGACUAUAGGACUGGUAAAGAGCAGCAGCAGCAGCGACCAAACUAGCAGUCAAGUGAAUACCGCUGGUGAAAGUGAUGAGGAUGAAAACAACGGCAGUGACAGCGACUCUGACUCUGCUCCAUACUUCCCAUGCCACGUGUGUGGCAAGACGUUCCCAACAUCCGAAAGUCUUGAGGAUCAUCAGCUGUGUCAUCUUGGUGAAAAGCCACACGAAUGCGCGGAAUGCGGUAAAUGUUUCUUCCUGGCUUCCCAGCUGCAGCAGCAUCAACGAAUGCACAAGUCUGAGUUUCAGUGUCAAACAUGUGGCAGGGGCUUUGUCACUCUCUUCGCACUGCGGAAUCAUAAGCAUACACAUGGAAAGAAUCGUCCUCACCGAUGUUCAAAAUGUGAGCUUAGUUUCACAGGACCCAAUCAGUUGGCAGAACACAUGUCAACCCACCGGGAAGAGAGCUUCCCCUGUGACAUAUGCAAUAAGAUAUUUCAGUCCAAGAGCAGUAGAGUUGAGCAUCGGAAAAGCCACUCCAAGUCAGGUGACAACGCAUCACCUGCACUUUCAAAGGAAGAGCAAGAACAGUCUGAAAGUUCAUUGGUGUACACAUCAGAGUUUAAAUAUCGCUGUGGUGUCUGCAGUGAGCGUUUCAGAGAUCCAGAGGAGCUCUCGGAGCAUGGUUGCAUGGAAGCAAAAGAGCGACCAUACUCUUGCAUAGACUGCGAUAAGCAUUUUCUUCAUGCGUCUCAUCUGAAGAAACACAGGAACACCAUCCAUCUUCCGUCAUGGUCCAAUAGAGAAUAUCCAUGCAAUCAGUGCAACAGCAGUUUUUCCUCCUCUCAGAACUUCCUCAACCAUCUCAAAAGUCAUGUUGAUGCUACAGCAGGAAUCAAACAAGAAGAGGAAACUUCAGACACCCUCAUAUGUCCAGUUUGCCAUCAGUGUUUUGCCACUGCCACUGAGCUAAUUUAUCAUUUUCCCACACAUCCUGAUACUACAUCUGAAAGAGGGAAGAAUAAAGUUCAACCAUCUGGAAGUGAGUUUAAAGAUCGUGAGCAUCAUUUGACAUCAGCAGCUGUAUACCAGUGCACAGAUUGUGGUGGGAAGUUUUUGGGAAGAGAUGCCGUUCGUCUUCAUAAUUGUUCCCAUAAACAACAGGCAGUAAAGGAAGGCAAAUCCUCUAAUCCAUCAGCUAAGAGUAUAACUCAUCAGGCAGCGGAAGAGAUGGAUGUGGACACGGACGAGGAGGAGGAGGAAGAGGAUGUUGAUGUCACAGGAGAGGACUUGCACAAGUGCCCUGACUGCGCAAUGCAGUUCUCCUCCAAAAGUAGUCUGCUGGAGCAUCAAAACAAGCGGCAUACAAAUGGGAAGCGAUUCAAAUGUGAACGCUGUGGGAAAUCAUUCGCCAAGCUGCCGUACCUUAAAAAGCAUGAGAGUAGACACCGUCUAAAAGAGACUGUUGACAUUGUAGUUCAGCCACCCCCCGAAAGCAAGUUCAGAUGUGCCCAGUGCACAGCUAGAUUUGAAACAGCCCAAGAUUUGUCUGUACACAUGAGAUUGCAUGCUGAAAAACAAGCUGGAGAGUACCGCUGUGACAUGUGCUACAAGUCAUUUAGCCAGCGGUCUCUUCUUAAGCAGCAUCAAGAGAGCCAUGUUGGGGAGGUUGUAUAUGAAUGCACAGAAUGUGACAAAGCCUUUGCUUUUCCACACCUUCUUGAGGAACAUCAGCAGACUCACACUGAUUCCUUGCAGUGAUGCUUACAACAUAAUAUGUACCAUUCUAAUAAGUAAGGUAUCAAAAUCUCUUCCUGCCUUACAUCUAACUGUGUACCUCUACGUGUACUCAAACUUUAAAUCAUUGUUUUUGCCCUUGCUGUAUAUUUUAGUAGCAUUUGGCAGACAUCAGUUUAACACAGCAUCUUGUUCUGAGUUGUAGUUGUAUAUAUUAGUUCAAAUGUAGGGAUUUGUAUAUAUAUUAGCCAUAGUUUUGUUUUUCUGACAGUGUUGGUAAAUCUCAGAUAAACGUGGUUAAAUAUUGUUUGAAUACAUGCCCAGCUUUGUGCAGGAUAAUAUCUUAUGUAAAACUCAGACUUCUAAGGUUUGACAUAUAUUUUGAGAUACUUUUUAGUCAGUUUUGUUGACAAUGUGUAAACUGGACUCAAUCUCGUUUAUUUUAAUCCCUUGAUGUUUUGUAUGCUAUGGCUAUAUCUGUAUCAUAUUAUAAAUAUGUAUACCUGCUGUAUAUACUUUUGUAAUUUUCAGUUUUUUUUUUGUGUUGGUCAAUAGUUGUUUUUUUUGUUUGUUUUAGGUACUGUGAGAGAUAAUAUUGUACAGACAAAUGUUCCAAUGGGAUGUUCUUUUCAAUACUUGAGCUCAAGUUUUUUUCUUUUUGUAGAUACAAUUGUUGAAUUCAUAGAGUUUAACUAGAAAAUACAAUUGUUGGCUUUUUUUUUGCUUUUGUUUUUUGAGGUUCUUUCAUUUGAAUUUCUAUGUACGUAGUUGGAAACAAGGCGAUUGGAAGUUAAUAAAUUGCUGACUUGUUCAAGAAAAAUUGAUUUCAGU